UUUUUGUGGGAGAUUCAGGCAUUCGAAGGAUCGUUCUAUAAAUAUAUAUUUGUACACAAUGUGAUGAAAUUCCAACUUUGGAGAAUAUUUUACCUUGGAAACUGCAAGUUUAAUGCAAGUUUUGUCACCUAAUCUUCAACUACAUGCAUAUGUGGCUACGUGGUAGAGGUUUUUAAACUGGUUAUGCUUUUAAAAGAACGCUAAAUUUCAACAUGGUUCGGAUUUGUGGUUUGAAAAUUUCGAUUUUUGUGGCGCUCACUUUCUGCACUGAUUUUGCGAGUAUGUCCUUGGAAGAAUGCUCAAUUACGGAAAGAGAGGGCGUUUACUACAGUACAAAAGCCUCGAAUUCGUCCGGCAAACUUUUAAAAACGUUUGAGGACAAAAGCAAGGAGGAAUGCCGAAAUUCUUGUUGCGAAAUGGAACAGUGUAAUUUUAUGAUGUACACGACAGUGCUCAGAGAUCACGAAAAGUCAACUAAUAUAACUUGUUUUCUGUUCAAUUGUACUGAAAUAUUGAAGUGUAAAACGCAGAAAUUGCCGGCGAAUAUCACAGGGGUCUCAUUUAUUGGAAUAAAGCAAGGUAUGCCAGCAUUGUAGGUUAAUAUCGAUUUGGCUAGUUGUAUCAUAGCUGUAAAAAAAUGUUUGAUUUUUGAAUAACAUAUGAGUUCGCCAACCGCACAAAAUAGAUCGGUUUGACUUUCACAAAGCACUAUCGUACAGUAGAUGUUGAUCAACCUGCAGUUAUCAGAGUGAUGUCUUUUUAUUUAAUACAUGUGAUAGUCCUGUAUUUUGGAGGCGAAUAGAGUCAAUAGACUGAGAAAUGAGAGAUGCUGUAUUAUAUAUAAUUUGUUUGAAGUUGAGUCAUCUGUUGCCCGAUAAUGCUUUCCAGGUUAAAUUUGUUCUUCUACAAAUAUUGAUAAUUAAAGUAUGUAGUUUAUAGCAAAAACAUCAAUCGGAGUUUGAACUUUUGCAAAUUUUGCAGCGGAGUAUUUGUAAUAUUUGUAGUAUUGAACUGCAAAUUUUUUAGUCUAACUUAUAUUUAUAAAUUAUGCAUGAUAAGUCGAUGUGUGAUUGGACCAAAUGGAGGGUGUAAAUCCGGUUUGUUGACAGCAGAUGUUGUGUUUGAGCCAAAACGAUUGUAAUGGGGUGAGGCGGUUUUUGAAAACCAAUUCAACUGAUGUUGUGCAAUAUAUUUAGUAAAAAUCAAGAAAAUACAUGCAUGCAGUUAAAUUAUUGCAUCCAAAGCAUUGCUCCAGAUCUUCUUCACGUUCGCACUACUUAAUACUCGAGUUUCACGACACAAAAAUCCAUCAUUUCACGAGAACAAAUAUAGGCAAUUCACGGCUCAUGAAUUGGUAGCACUCUCCCCCUGACGCGUAAAAUCGUCUGGCGUUAGACAGAAUAAAGUAAUAAAGUAGGGCGCAUCUGGGUGCAUUGCCACUUAAACGGUUAACAGGGUGCAUGGGCAGAUAGUCUGAUUAACCCUUUGAGUGCAUGGCAGCACUCUCCCCCUGACGAGUAAAAUUGUCUGGCGAUAGACUGAGUAAAAUAAUAAAGUUGGGCACAUUGCCACUUAAAGGGUUAACAUAAAUUCUAGCAAUGUUGGUAUUAUCACAAAUUUACAUACCUAUCAUCCUUUAUUCCAGAAAAUUUAACUGAGACUUCAAGUUACACCAAUUCAACUAUUGAACAGGUAUGUUUCGUUUUAUCAAAGAACCUUAAAGGCCAUGUAAAGUUUGUAAUGUAAAAAACGCUUUGUUUACAUUUUGAACUCAGUGCUGCAGUUGUAAAAUAUGAUUAGAUAUAUAUUAUACUGAAUUUUUAACACUCUUCUGGUUCGCUAUGCUUGUAAAUGAAUACAGACUAGAGAUUCAAUUCAAGGAAGUACGGAAGGUGCGAAAUAUUAAUAACAUUACAAUACUCAGGUCCCGACCAUUGGAAUGUAAGCCUGCGCAGAACAUAUGUGCAGAAUGGACUUUACAUGGUCUUUAAAUGGCAUAUAAUUAUUUGAAUUACACUUUGUUAAAGUUUAACUAUUGGAUGUUGUAUUAUUUCACAAAACACAAUUACCGUAUCCAGUCCUUGAAACUCAGGUCGGCAUUCGGCAAUGCCAAAAUUUUGCCGACCUACUUUCAAAUACGUCUCGGCAUUUUUUCCCGCGAACGCAUCUUUCACAUACGCAUUUUCAACGAUGAUGUUUUAAUUAUCAGGUUUUGAUCAUUAGCUUGCAUAGUCAAAAUAUGCUUUGCGAAUUGCGAGUAUCAAAUUUAAUCCUUGUUUAAACAGUACAGUGUCAUUGUUGAAAGGCCAUGCUUGAAACUUUGAAAAGUAAGCAUACGUUUUAAAAUCGUUGAGCUUCAAGAUUUAAGCGAAAGUAUAUGGUAAUAAAAUAGUGUAUGCGGUCUGUCACAACAUUUGGUCACAACAUGUACUGUUCGAUUGGAGUUCAUAAAUUUUGUUACUUGUUUUGUUUGCUAUUGGCAUUGAUUGCAAUUAAUUGCUGUUUAAAUUUUCAUUUGGAUAUUUUCUAUUUGUUUUGAAAAUAUUUGCCGACCUAGAAUGAGAAUGAUCAAUUUCGGGAGUUUCAAGGACUGCGUAUCUAAGACAAUAAAACCUAAAUCCACAAUCAUGUGAAUUUGAUAAAUAUAUAAAAUCAUAAAUCUAUCUUUAAAAUUAUAAAUCAUUGCGUGUCUUACACCAUUGUAAUAUUUAUUAAAUAUUUUGCUCGUAUAUUUCAGCAUAAAACAUAUAAACCACCAUUGAGCUCAACUGUACGUACAUCGGAAGUGCAUUCACCUACCAACACCACAAUGCAAAACAUGGACAAUAUCUUAAAUUUUAAUAAAAUAAAUAAUUCUGAUGUAUUUGGACUUCACAACACCACCAAUGUACCACCUAAGACCAUGCAUUCACCAAUCGAUCCUGGCUAUGUACCAUCAAACCUUCUAGCAUCCAUAAGUAACACCAGCUACCCAACAAUAUCCAUGCCAAACCCUGGGUUGUCUAUUAGUAACAGCAUUCCUUCAACAUUAUCCAUGAUUAUUCCUUCACCAUCAACCGAAAUUCAGAUGAAUUCCAACCAUUCAUUAUCUACACUCUCCCAUCCAUCAACAUCCAUGCAUAACACAAAUCAUCCUACAUUAUCCACCUUAAUACAUUCAACACCCAUACAUACGCAUACACUUGGAAAUCGUCGGAGAUCAAACAAUUUGUUAUCACAUGUCGGCCAGCUGUCUGGAUCCCAUUUAGAUGCUAACGAUGGAUCAAAAUCAUCUCGUUAUCAAAACCAUACUCUUGACAAAAUAUCAUCAUAUACAUUGAGUUCCAUGUCUGUCAGUGUGGAUUCAUUGGUCAGUUCAUUGAAAUCAUAUUCAGAUUCUGAGAUUUCCACAUCAUCACCAUCAAUUCCGUCAACAUUCGUAUAUGUAAGUUUAAAUGUUGUAAUCAAAAGUCAUUAUAUACUAUUAAAUAAAUAAUUGAUUUGAUCAACACACAAAUUUUUUUACAAUAACAUUAAUGGUUUUGAAGAUGGGAAAUAAUACUAUUCUCAUUCAAGGGUGGAUCCAGCAAGGUUUUUCUAGGAGGUGCUGGGUGAGCACUCACUGAGAAACCGAGUGUUUCGUUAUAAUUCUUUAGGUAUGCCCCCGGAACAUUUUGAAAAUUAGAACCCUAGAAAUGCCAUUUCCUGCGAUAUGGGCAUUGACUUAUGAGCUUCAGUUUGAUUUUAAAACAGAAAAAACCUUGGAAAUUAAGUCAUAUUUCUGAAAUUGAUUUUUUUGACCAAGGCCAACAAGGGUGUGCACCCCCCCCCCCCUAUAAAUCCACCAUUGUUCUCAUUUUUAAACCCAUCAAUGGAUAAGGUGAAUAAUUACUAUUAAUAUGGUAAUUAUCAAUGUACCAUUGUAGAAAUUACUUUUUUCUAUUCAUGGGUUUUAAAAUCAGUCAAUUUCAAACCCAGUAUUUUACAACGGACAACUACCAGAAAAAGAUUGGAAACAUGUUGACAUUUGGCAGCUUUAUUCAGGCUCCUAUCAAUGUAUUUUAAACUAAAAACAUAAAAAUAAUCAUAGCCUGUGACAUUUUCUAUUGUAAUUAUUACACUACUGUAAAUAUCAAAUCACGUUUCUUUCUGUCUUUAGCCUCAUUUCAAAACUGAAGCUUUGGCAGUAAGUGCAAUGUCAAGCCUAGAGGCCGUGAGCAGAAAUGUCUCUCAUUUACAUCCAUCAAGUAGUUUGCAGAAUAGCUUUCAAGGUAUGUGUAUCUCUUGUUCUCUCCAGAGGUCCCAUAAGGAUCAGCUCUUAUUGAUCCAGUGUUACUGCAGGAGGAAACCUAAAC